GAUAUAUCAACAUAGCAGACAUAUAAACACUCCUCCAGUUCUCAGUUCUAUGCUGAGAUUAGAUUGUUCUAGCUUCUUUCAGUUCACCAUCAACUAACUUUUCAGUCAGAGAAAACAAGAAAACAAUAGCUCCCAACACCUUACGAGGAAGCGUUUUUCCUGCUCCAAAAAGAGUAAAAAGGUGGGAAUGGAGGAUCCAAGACAAAUGACUACCGUUUUACCUGGAGAAGAAUCUGCUCAGCUUAGUGAGCAGACGGUGAAACCUAAGAGGAAGAGAAGCACGCCGGGAAUGCCUGAUGCAGAGGUGGAGGUGAUAGCAUUGUCGCCGAAGUCGCUGCUAGAAACGAACAGGUACGUGUGCGACGUGUGCGGCAAGGGGUUCCAGAGGGAGCAAAAUCUGCAGCUCCACCGCCGCGGCCACAACCUGCCGUGGAAGCUGAAGCAGCGGGGACCGGAGGAGGUGGUUAAGAGGAGGGUGUACGUGUGCCCGGAGACGACGUGCUCGCGUCACCACCCGUCCAAAGCUCUGGGGGAUCUCUCCGGCAUCAAAAAACACUUCUGCAGAAAACACGGACAUCGGACAUUCAAGUGCGAGAAAUGCAACAAAAUGUACGCUGUCCAGUGCGACUGGAAAGCCCACAUGAAAACAUGUGGCACCCGCGACUACAUUUGUGACUGUGGAGCGUUAUUCGCUAGGAAGGACAGCUUCAUAGCGCACAAGAGGGUAUGUUAUGCGUCUCAGGCAUUGACGGUGACGGCGCCGUCAGCGAGUCCCCCGCCGCAACCUCCAACGCCGUCAAUGGCGGUGCUGUCUCCAACCCUCUCCCUCCACUCCAUUCAGAGCUUUGAGUUGCCAGAGGAUAGGGUGAUGGGCGGAGCCAAUUAUAAGGAGAGAACCCAGGCGCCCUCUUCAUCUUUUGGUCUUGUUAUUGGGGAUAACGGUGAGGAGGAUUUCAGUAGCGUUUUCCGGCUGUCGUUGCGGUCAGGGAAUGAAGAGGAAGCAACGCCGGCCUGCGCCGCCAUUAUGGAGCGGCCGGUGCCUCUUUUGCUAUCAACUCCUCCACCUGUCUAUCACGCAAGCAAUCCGCCGGUGCUGUCAGCGACGGCAUUGCUUCAGAAGGCAGCGGAAAUGGGCUCGUCGUUUUCCAGUGGCGGCUCAUUCUUUGCAGGCUACGGGCUGACCAUGCCUGCCACACCCGCACAGUGGGGCAUGCAUGCAAAUGCUCCUGAGCUUGCGCUUGAGCUCGCCCUCCGGCCUGCCAGUGCGGCGGCCACUGCCUUCGCAGGCUCCGUCUUCAGCAGCCACCGCCAAACGCUUGAUUUUCUCGGCAGCAAUCUUCCAACACUCGACUUUCUCGGAGAGGCCAACCAAUCUUCUUCUUCCUCGCUGCUGAGCUCAACGAGUUAUGCAACCCAGUUUGGCAUGGCUUCAUCAUCUUCAUUUGGUGGAGCCCUGGGUGACCCGUGGGACGGCCAUGCAGACAAGAACUGAAGCCUAUCUCGGUUCCUCUAACAAUCUGCUGUCAUCACCUCUAACAAUCUGCUGUCAUCACCUCCAGCCUAUUGGGUCGAGUGGCGUCAAUAUUAAUCUGAAAAAAAUACUAAUUAAGAAUAAAGUAUUUAAUACUUAUCAAAUAAAAUGUAAUACUUU